AUGUACGGGCACGAACGGGCACCAAACUCCAUGCCAGAAUUCCAAGGAGGAUCUUAUAACCCGUGGGGAGGCCCAGAAGGUGGCUGCCCCAACGACAUCGGUGCUGAUUUCGCAAAUAUGUUCUACAGGGAUCUGAUUUACCAGAGAGUCAGCGCCAUCUCAUUGUACAUGCUUUUCGGUGGAACAAAUUGGGGGUGGCUCGCCGCACCUGUCGUGGCAUCUAGUUACGACUACUCCUCGCCAGUCUCAGAAAACCGAGCUAUCGGAAGCAAGUAUUAUGAGACAAAGCUCCUAACUCUUUUUACUCGAGUUGCUAAAGACCUUGCAAUGACGGAUCGAUUGGGAAAUGACACCUCGUAUUCGACAAACAAAGCAAUUACGACUGCCGAGCUACGCAACCCUAUCACAAACGCAGCAUUUUACGUCACUCGCCAUGCUUACUCUCCGUCGGACACUCGCGAGACAUUCAGUCUUCAUGUAAACACAACUGCCGGUCUCAUCACCAUUCCACAGUACGGAGGCUCGAUCACAUUGAACGGCCAUCAAUCGAAAAUAAUUGUCACUGACUUCAAGUUUGGAGGAAAGACACUGUUAUAUUCGACUGCGGAAGUAUUGACAUACUCGAUCAUAGAUGGAAAGGAGGUGCUAGUGCUAUGGGUCCCGAGUGGUGAGUCUGGAGAAUUCGUCAUCAAUGGCGUCAAGUCAGCGAAGCUCGCAAAGUCUAGCUCGAGCAGUACUACAAAGCUCAAUUACGUUCCUGGCACCAACAACAUCACGGUCAACUUUGCCGAAACUCAAGGCACGGCAUUAGUCGACCUGGAAGAUGGUUCACGUGUUCUUAUCUUAGAUCGAAGCGCGGCAUAUCUCUUUUGGGUCCCGACACUGAGCAACAAUCCGUCAGCACUCGAGAAUGAUACAAGGCCUAGAGAGAUCGAUCUUCCUGCGCUUGGUCCAUGGAAGUAUGAUGACGGUCUACCCGAAGUCGAUCCCAAGUAUACACCUUCGACCAAUGCAUGGGUUGGAGAUAGUCGCGGACAAAAUCAACACGACGAAUUCGGUUCAACCCGCACCGAAUAA